CUCUCUCUGUGUGCACUGCUGGGCAGGUGGUCGUCUGUCUCCGGCUCGAAUCCCUGUGCACUCCUGCGGUGUGUGAGGCAGCAGUGCACCCUCAACAGUUAACGUGCAAAAUAAAUACUCUUGACUUCCGCGGUUUGAACGCGCAUGCGCCGAGGAUGCCAUCAAUCUGACAGGCAGGAGAGUGUUUCGUGACGCGCGGGAUCAGCAGCGGACGCACGCUCGCGAAUGAGGCGCGCUCAGAUCUGAAGAAGAAAAACCAUGGCAACGGAGAAGCGCCUAGCGUUUUCUAUUGUGCAGUUUCUGCGAGAUCACGCUCACUGUGGCAGCCUGAACUCAGACGAGCAGGAGAGCAUUGAAGUUGCAAUUCAAUGUUUGGAGACCACCUUCAAAGUCAGUUCCACUGACUGCCACCUGGCAGUCCCACAGACCCUACCAGAGAUAUUUAAAAGUUCCCUGCUCAAGAAUGACAACAUGACCUUACCCAAGACGUUACCGCCCCCGAAAGACGUUGAAAUGGCAGAGCAGCUCAAGAAUGACGGAAACAACCACAUGAAGGAGGAGAACUACAGCCGUGCCAUGGAGUGCUACAGCCAAGCCAUCGACCUGGACCUCAGGAACGCAGUUUACUACUGCAAUAGGGCUGCGGCUCACAGUAAACUGGGGAACUACACAGAGGCCACGGGGGAUUGCGAGCGCGCCAUCGGGAUCGACCCCAGCUACAGCAAGGCCUACGGACGCAUGGGGCUGGCUCUGACGGCCAUGAGCAAGUAUCCCGAAGCCAUUUCCUUCUUUAAGAAAGCGUUGGUAUUGGAUCCUGAAAACGAUACCUACAAAUCCAACUUAAAAAUAGCCGAGCAGAAGCAGAGGGAGGCCAGCGGUCCAAUAGUUGCGGGGCUUGGAUUCGACAUGGCGAGUUUGAUAAACAACCCGGCCUUCAUCAGUAUGGCCGCGAGCGUGAUGCAGAACCAGCAAGUCCAACAGCUUAUGUCAGGCAUGAUGACCAAUGCGGUGGGGGGUCCGGGACCAGGGGGGCUGACCGACAUCUCCAGCCUGAUUGAAGCAGGACAGCAGUUUGCCCAGCAGAUCCAGCAGCAGAGCCCCGAGCUGAUAGAGCAGCUGAGGAACCACAUCCGGAGCCGCUCCUUCAGCGGGAGCGCAGAGGAGCACUCAUGAUGAUCUUCUUCCUGUACGCAGGUGCCUCCUCUUCCUCCCACUGACUCAACUCUGUGUUGACAACAGCACGUUAAACCUGCACUAUGUCGAUUCUGCACUGCCGCUUUGCUCUCCAUUAAGAAAAUAUUGGAACUAGACUGUUGUUGCUCAAUAAUAAAAGGCGCUCAUCGGUGAGUCAAUCCAUCCAGGGAAUUGUUCUCUGAAUAUAGCUUUUUACUGGUACACUUUUGCCCCCCUUCCUUCCCACUGUGGCUACGAUUUGUAUAAAGCUACAUCUGGAGAUGCUUCUCAAUUAUCCAUAGGCUUCAAAUACGAAAACGUAUUUAGUGCAGGUUUAAGUCGAUUGUAAGUGAUUUAUGUUUUUUUUUGUCUUCAUUUCAGCUUUCAAUGUUUAGUCAUGGAAGAGGGGGUUCCAUACGACGUGAUUACAAUCGUUCCACCCAUUUCUUAAGCGAAGGCUGAGAGACCAAGAUGGGCAUUUUUUCAGAGGCACUUUAACCGUUUUCUUUUGUGGGGCUCAGGAGAAAGAAGAGGGUAGUGGAGACGAAGCAAGGAAAAAGAACCAACCGACACACACACACACUGAUAUCAGGGUAAGCACCAGACACAUAGUGAGAAAGAGCCUUCUACAAAACCAGACGUUACUUAAUCCCGGGCUGACCUGUUCUAAAAACAAAUAUGUAUAGAUAAUGUUUAGAUCUCAAUCUUAAUUGCCCAAUAGUGAAGGCAUCAUUUCAGGAAAUAUCUUUGGCUUUGCUUCCGUGCUGAUCGGACGCCAGGUUUGCCAUGUUUUUAGUUUUUUUAUCAUAUCAUCUCAAACCUUAUUUUUGUAUAAAUUCAUGGCAUUUUUGCUGUUAGCCGAGAGUUUACGCAAAUCCUUAACUGUGGUACCGAUGAACGAAGUGAUGAAUGAAUACUGAAUGUGUCUUAUGCAGCCUGAACCGUCUUAUGUAUAGCACUUUAGCAGACAUGUAUGUAAUGUCAUGAUCCCCUUUAAGCUUGUGUGAUAGUUGAUAUGACGGAAAUGAUCACAUUUGCAUGCUCUUCAAUCUUAUAUCUGAAGUCUUACGCUUUAUGGAAAUAUAUAAUUGUAGAGAGCAUGUUUUGUUAAAAUCAUGCCAAUAAACCUUUCCA